CCGGGGCGGUACCGGCGGCGGCGGCGGCGGCGCGGAGCCAUGGUGAAGAUCGGCGUCCAGCAGCCGGCCGCGGCGCUCAAGCCGGAGCAGGAGAAGGAGAAGGCGGCGGGGGGCGAUGGGGCGGCGGGCGCCGUGCUGCUGCCCGCGGGCGCCGAGGAGCAGGCUCCCGUGGUGCAGGGCCGCAGGUCAUCGCUCAGCGGGGUGUGCUACCUGACCAUGGGUCUCCUCGUGCUGCUCCUUGGCUUGGUCUUUGCAUCAAUGUAUGUCUACAGAUACUUCUUCAUCACGCAGCUUCCCCGCGAGAGCGUGUUUCACUGCGGCGUCCUUUAUGAAGACUCGCUGUAUUCGCCCUUCAAGGGGCAGCUGGAACUGCACGAAGAUGUCAAGAUUUACAUCGAGGACAACUAUGAGCAAAUCAAUGUCCCGGUGCCCCAGUUUGGAGGGAGCGACCCUGCGGAUAUCAUCCAUGAUUUCCAGCGAGGUCUAACAGCUUAUCAUGACAUAACGCUGGAUAAAUGCUACGUCAUUGAGCUGAACACCACUAUCGUGAUGCCUCCACGCAACCUCUGGGAGCUGCUGGUUAAUGUGAAGAAGGGGACAUACCUGCCUCAGACGUACAUCAUCCAGGAGGAGAUGAUUGCCACUGAGCACGUCAGCGACAUGGAGCAGCUCGGCUCCUUCAUCUACCGCCUGUGCAGCGGCAAGGAGACCUACAGGCUGAAGCGGAGGAGCACCAGGAGACGUAUCAGUCGACGUGAGGCUGGGGACUGCCACCGUAUUCGUCACUUUGAAAACACUUUUGUGGUUGAAACUGUUAUCUGCAAAAAAUCAUGAAGCCCCUGUCCAGCUGUAAUCUUCCAUGGCUUUGCUUGCACACACAUGCUCUCAGCCCUCUUUUUAGACUUGGUAAUCUGUCUUACUUCUUUACUCCCUCUCCUGCUUGUGCAACUCUAAAGCCUUGGGUCUGUCAUGGCCUCGCAGUUGAUUCUGUUCUCUUUUCUCUUUACUGAGAUGUUUUGCUGGGCUUAAAUUUAUGCAACAGUCACAGAUGGCCUUGGAGCGGAUACAGCCUCUUCCUCCCCACAGCGUGGAGAUCUGUUUGAGGAGCAGGUUUGGGGUAGAAGGGAUGGCCAACAAGUGGGAUGCUGGAAAUGGGUGCUCUUCUCCUAUCUGAGCAGUUUCAUGCUGGCACUGUUGUGAGGCUGGGGUAGAAGGUAUACUACAGGAGGAGAAUUACCAUUCUGAUGCUAAUGUAAUGACAGAGUAUGUCAUCAGAUGGACUUAGAAUUAGAUGUGAAGUUACCAAGAGGGUGAUUUGGAAAGCUCAGCAGAAGGAGGGUUUCUGCCCACACUGAACUGUGAUGCUCACAGUUUGUUGUCCCAAUGAAGACCAAGUUUUCAAACAGUGGAAGCAGCCCGUAUGCAUUGUUUCUGUGUAUAGCUUCUGGCUGAAUUGCAGUGGCAUACCUGGAAUCGGCCAGGCUACCCUCCCUCAGCCUUCAGUAUAACAAGCAAGUGGUGUCUGCUUGUGGCUCCUGAGCUCAUUUGCUGCCGUAUUGCCUGAGUAAAUAGAGGU